AUGGUCAGUGGUGGCCUUCGGGUCGCAGCGAGGGGAGGCACUGGGGUGGCUGCGGGCCUCUGGCAGCCUGGUUCCCGGGGAAAGAUGGACCCAGACGGUGGAGUAGGAGGAGGCAGCAAUGCAGAGGGAGGAGGCGGGGCGGGCCCCUUCGCCCUACACCCAGGGGAGGGCAGGAGAACCGGGCAGGAGCCGGGCCAGCGCGGGUGGCCGGAAGACUCCAGGGGUUCCCAGGCCACGCCCCGCUGGGUUGGGGAAGGCGAGGGGCCCAACAGCACCCCGCCGGCGAAGGGCCUGACCCCGUCCUCCGAAGGCCAAGCGGGCCGAGGCUCCACCACCAAGAUGAGGCGGGAGCAGCUCCGCCCAGCGGAGCCCCUGGGACCAGAGAGCUCCUGGCGGCGGCCUCGCUCCCCCGCCCCGGCCCGGCCCCAGUCACCCUCGCUGUCGGCCCCGGCCCCAGCCACCCUCGCUCCCCCGCCCCGGCCCCAGCCACCCUCGCUGCCCGCCCCGGCCCCGGCCACCCUCGCUGCCCACCCGGCCACAGCCACCCUCGCUCCCCGCCCCGCCACCCUCGCUCCCCGCCCCGGCCCCGGCCACCCUCGCUCCGCGCCGCCGCUCGGCACCCCCGGCCGUGCCCCUCACAGCGUGCGCGUCUCCGAGCCCGCCGCCGGCUGCUGGCAGCUGCAGGAAGACGCCCCGGAACCGCUGCUCCACGUGACGCCGAGGCCUUGGUCGCCCCCUCACCUCCCGCCCGGCCCGGGCCCCUGGCAGCCAGGCCCUAGAGCCCCGCGCGCUCCGCCUCGGCUGUCGUGUGCCCCGGUGACCACCAGAUGCCGACAGAGGUCCUGGCAGGACACCGCGCCUCCCCCAGGGCCCUGGGUCCAGUUUGUCCUCUUGGGACGCGGCAAAUCGGCGACCAGGACCAAUACCUUGCCCUCGCCUCCCCCACUCGCCUUUGAUGAGCGGAGGCUGAAAACCACCCGCUGGCACCUGGGCCCUGCUGCCUUUCCAACCGUCUCCCCGCCCGCACCACGCAGCCUCGGUGAACCUUUGCAGGCAGCCCUGCGUGGCGCAGGAGCUGUGCGUGGGCUGGCUCUGGCUGUCCCCGCGGUCCCCAUGCCUACCUCCCGUCUCCCCGUGCGUUUGGGGGCUGGGGGUCCAGGUUCUCUGACACCAGCGACUCGGAGUUCUGUAGAUUCGGCUAAGGGAGGACGUGGGUCACAUCAGAGCGGCUGUGUGACUUAG